CCUCGUCCGUCUUGUCGGUACCUCAUCCGGCCUGCAGUACAUCUUGCUUGCAACCCCAUCUGUUUCACAUGUCACCUAUCAGAUUCUUGACGACCAGCUUCCUUUACACUCUUCAGUCUCACAGAGGCUCCUCGACGACGGAGUCAAGGUCAUGGCAUACCAAACCAACACCGUGAUUCCCGUCAGUAUCUUCAGUAAGUGGUGUCGAUACGGAUCCAAAGCUGUGGGAGUUGGGCCGGGGGACAGUGACUGCAAAACACCAUACUUCCCAGCCAUAACCAUUCGUCUACUCUGGCUGGCGACACAUCCAUGCUGCACUGUUUACGACGCAGCAAGCAACAGCUCCUUCGCCAUCGCCGCCAACAGUGACCCCAGCGGCGACUACGGCGACCGAGUCCUGGCCACCGCCGUCUUGAACUGGAUCGAGGCGUUUUCGCCGCUCGUGCAAGAUUUUGCCGAUGGUGUCGCCUUGAACGACACCAGCACUUUCAACAUGGGCCUCGUUAAUGGAUUUAAUCAGCUCGGCGGUCUCUCCGGUCGCUUCAAUCUCGAUCAGGUCGCGACGUUGAAUGUCGAAAUUGACCGCUUGAGUGCGCUGCCCGAUGAUCAACGGUACUGCGGUCCUGUCAACGACGUGGGUAUUUUGUACGAGUCGGUCAGGUCGCCCGAGCUGUUCUUGGUUGCCUGGGAUGCCUGGGUUGCCUGGGUUGCUCCAGAUGGCUUCAUCAACCAGCUGAACUCGUUCUUCGAAGGGUCGAUCUACCUGGGCCAGUAUCAGCCACAGUAUCCAUUUGAAGAUCGCAGCACGAUAUCGUGGGGGCUGCGUCUCUCCAUCUACGGAAUCACUGCCCUGAGCCAAGCCGUGACGAUCGCCAUGGUCGUCCUCAUCAUCAACAACCACCACCUCCCCAGGAUCCGCGGAGGCUCGCCACCGUUUCUGGUGGUGAUCGGGCUGGCGUCGGUCGUGGCUCUUAACGGGAACUACCUGAUGGGCCUGGACGACAGCGUCGUGGCCGACCCAGCCAUUCUCGGGCGGAUAUGCAUGUCCCAACCGUAUCUGCUGGUCCUGCCGACGAUGCUGAUGUUUGGAGCCCUCCUGAUCAAGAUGUGGCGGAUAUACAAGAUAUUCAAGAACCCAAAGCUGAUGCUGCUCGAGUUCAAAGCCGCGGACCUGAUGUCGGGGAUUGUGGCUCCGACGUUGGUGGCGACGAUUGUGGUCGUGGCCUGGAAUGUCGUGAGCCCCUUGGUCUGGACCAGAGUUGUCACCCGGGUCGAUGGCUUUGGCAACAGCCUGAGCUCGUACGGAUUCUGCCGGAGCCAGACGACACUCGGCUUCGAUCCCUUCCCGGUGCUGAUCUUUGGCCUCUUCAUGGUCAUGCUGAUGGUCAACUUUUGGCUGGGGUACCAGACCCGCCACGUCCCAUCCCGCUACAACGAGCAGAGCAAUCUCAGGUCAUCGAUCAGCUUCUGGGUCCAGGUCGUGGCUGUCCUGUUCCCACUCAACUACUCGAUCACAAGCCCUCGAGGCAUCUUCAUCCUGCGGUCGCUGAUGAACUUGUCGUUGUCGCUGGGCACGACGCUGUUCAUCCUUGGGUCCAAGCUGUACCCCGCCACCGAGGAUGAGAGCGAGCCCGAUGGUCUUGGCAUCACCGACUUUGAACCGGCAGACGACCUCAGCCGCAUCGUCGUGCGAUCCGCCCGGAAGAGCUGCGAGUACGCCAACAGAUCGGAGAGCCUGAACCGCACGGGGACGGGCGUGCUGCAUGUGUCCAUGAAGAGCUCGAGGGUGACCGGGACCUCGAAGAUGUCGAUCCGGUCGAAAGGAACCGACCAGUGGGCGAGCCCGGAGUGUCGCCAGGCGUCUCUGUGCGAUGAGGCGCGAUGAAGGGUCAUGAAGUGCGAUGAGGUGUCUGCAGCGAAACGGGAUGCAUCAACACGCGGAUAACCUGUGGAUUGCAUGGUGUCGAUUGCAUGGUGUCGAUUGGCAUGGUGUCGAUUGGCAUGGUGUCGAU